UUCAGGAGACGAGGUGUGGACAGCAGCAGUAAUCCUCCACUGAAACUUGGGAUAUAUAGUUUUCCUGUUCCUUUUCAGUGCACUGUUCAGAUUAUUCACUUUGGCUGAGGUGUUAUAUGAAUCAACAGUAGAAAGAUGCAGCUGCCGGUGGAAAUAUGUGUUUUCCUUCUGUCUCUUGUGGCUCCUGGGGUUCUCUACACUAUGAACAAUGUCAUAAAACAGCCUGUAAUGGUGUUGACACUAGGAGCUGCCGUACUGUACAUUAUACCCUACAUCAUGUCUUUCCUCGUCCUCCAUCUUCUCGCAUUGCAACACUGGGAAAACGUUGACCCCUUGUUUUAUGUGUUUGCUGUGUUUUCCUUCACAUGUCUUGUGGGCCUGACCAAUGCUUUGGAACAGGAUGGCUACAUCUCUGGUUACAUGGGCUUCUACCUGAAGAAGGGGGAGCCCCACCUGAGUGCAGCUUACGCUGUGAUGAUGAAUUACUGGGAGGGCGUCCUUCACUUCCUCCUCUUCCUCAUCAUCAUCCAUCGCAUGUUCAGGGGGAAGUCCUAUCGCAGCCUAGCGCUGUUCUGGGCCGGGUCAUCCAUCGCCCACCAGAUCGUCUUCAUCCCAGGAGUAGUCAUCGGUAAAUAUGGUUCAAGCAUUCAUCCCGCCUUCUGGAGGAAUACUCCCUUCCUGUUACUGCCCAUCUGGGGAGCCAUCCUGCUCUUCAGUAGAGAGAGAGAGCUGCCAAUCAUUCCUGCAGACAAGAUUGCAGUAGCGCAGAAGAGAAGUCUCCUCUACAGGCCUGUUGACCUGAUCCUGUCUCUACUACUGUUGGGAGCCAUGUCCUUCUCUGUCUUCAGGGGCAUUGUGGCCCUCGACUGUCCUCUGGAUACCUGCUUCACCUAUAUCUACCAGUAUGAGCCUUACCUCAAGGACCCUGUGGUCUUCCCUAGGGUCAUGAUGCUGGUGUAUUUGUUCUAUGCGUUGCCUCUGCUGGCUGCAUUCAUAUACGGGCUGAGGAACCCUGGUUGUACCUGGAUGCUGGACUGGGCCAUCUUCUUCGCGGGGGCCAUUGCCCAGACCCAGUGGUGCCAUAUCGGGGGAUCACUCCACUCCAGAACCCCCUUCACAUACCGGGUCCCAACAGACAAAUGGUUGACCGUUAUGAUUCUAAACGGGCUGUAUGUAGCCGUACCGAUCCUCCUAGCCAUCCGAUGCCGCAUCAGCCCUACAUUCUUCAUGCCUACUGUACCUGAGGGACAGACCAGCCCGGAGAAGAAGGACAACUAAACCCAUAACACUACAAUUCCCACUGAGCAUGGACUCUGUGAGCUAAUGGUCUAGAAUGCUACUGUAAGAUCAAGAACUACUGGACCCACAAUCCUAAAGAACCCAAAUGUUUUGGUGCGGCGAACCACCUAUGCUUCUGGAAAUGUGACCCUUUCAGAUUCACAAAACAAUGUUAUAUUAAUCUAGAACACUUCAAGCAAAUUAAAUUCCAUUUUUUACACCAUCCGCUCCCUCUGUUGGCUGGAGCCUUGUGGAGUAAAGUUCAGCCCCAUGUCGACGACCGCGGAAUACAGUACAGUGCAUUAAGCAGCCAAAACCGAACCCUGCUACAUGCCAUCACCUCUGCAGCAGCACUCCCUAUAUGGACUAUUGGAGCCAGAUAAAGCCUGUUUGUGGACAUGGCUUUAUGUAUGUGGCUAGUGAGUCAGUGAGACAGUCCCAGGCGGUAUAGUAUAGUAGGGACUAAAAGGCCUAUAAACCUGGACUCUGAUCGCUGACACUGAUACAGCAGGCCAGCCUUGCCUCAUAGAGUUAUAUCAGAUGAACUGUGAAACUAUGGACCAUGUUUAGGACUCUUUAUUUUGUGUGUAGUAGUGCUACUGAUAAGACCAGAUAACAAGGCUUGUUUCACAAGAUGUGGUUGGGAUUGGAGAGCCCACUAUAGGAGGCCAUGGAAUGAGGGGACAAAUGUCAAUAUCAAUCAAAUGACAGUUAGGUAGGCCAUUUUUGGAGGGGUUGGGACAGAAUUACGACAAUAAAUGUUUGUUAUGUGAAUAUAUUAAAAUGUGUGUACAACUACA